AUGGCCUUCGUACGUGUGGCCUCGCGGCGACUGCCGCUCGCAAGGAAGCUGGUCCCUGCAAUUGAGUCACCGCUUCAGCGACGAUUCGCAUCCGCUGCGACUGGCCCAAAUGUGAAGAAUCAGGCGAAGUCAUCUCUGCCCAAUCCCGACCCGGCUGCCGAUUCCGCAACAAUGGCCUUCGUGGAAGACCGAGCGCCCUUCAUGGUCCCCACCUACGUUCGCCCUGCUCCGACGAUGGUAAAAGGUCAAGGAUGCUACUUGUGGGAUAUGGAGAAUAGGCGGUACCUUGACCUCACAGCGGGAAUUGCCGUGAACUCCCUGGGUCACUGUGACCCCGAGAUCGCACAGAUUAUUGCUGAGCAGGCCGAGACACUCAUCCACGCCUCGAACCUUUACCACAAUGCAUGGACCGGCGCUCUCAGCAAGUUGCUGAUCACGAAGACACGGGAGUCUGGCGCCAUGCGCGAUGCAUCCCAGGUGUUCAUUUCCAACUCGGGAACAGAGGCGAACGAGGCGGCUAUUAAGUUUGCUCGUAAGGUCGGCAAGUCUCUUGACCCCUCGGGCGCAAAGCAUGAAUUUGUUUCCUUCCACAACUCGUUCCAUGGCCGCACGAUGGGCGCUCUCUCCGCUACCCCCAACCCCAAGUAUCAGACACCUUUCUCCCCCAUGAUCCCGGGCUUCAAAUACGGAAACUACAACGAUGUAGAACAACUUCAGGCCCUUAUCACGGACAAGACUUGCGGUGUGAUUGUAGAGCCAAUCCAGGGCGAGGGUGGUGUCAACGUUGCUACUCCCGAGUUCCUCGUAGCUCUCCGCAAGCGUUGCGACGAGGUCGGGGCCGUUUUGAUUUUCGAUGAGAUUCAGUGUGGUCUUUCUCGUACCGGUACCUUCUGGGCUCAUGCUCACCCUUCCCUUGCCCCUGCCUCGGGCGAAGCUGCGCACCCAGAUAUCCUGACCUCGGCUAAGGCGCUGGGUAACGGAGUCCCUAUCGGCGCGACUAUCGUCUCCGGAAAGACUGUUGCGGAGCAUAUCAAGGCUGGCGACCACGGAACAACCUUCGGCGGUAACCCAUUGGUAUGCCGCGUGGCACACCACAUUGUUGAGCGCCUCGCAACGUCGGAACUGCAGAACUCCGUGGAGAUCAAAUCGGCGGGACUCAUUUCGGGACUUAAGGCCCUCCAGAAGAAGUACCCUGGUGUCAUCUCGGAGAUCCGCGGUCGCGGUUUGAUCUUGGGAGCCCAGCUCUCCCAGGACUUCACAUCCAAGGCAUCGGACUUGAUCACUGCCGCGCGGGAACGCGGUUUAUUGAUCAUCACUGCUGGUGAUGGCUGCCUCCGUUUUGUUCCUCCUCUGACUAUCACCGAGGAUCAGAUUAAGACAGCCUUGAAGAUCUUGGAGCAGGCUCUGGAUGCCGUCAUAACCAAGGCAUAG